UACUAUACAUUCAGUCACCGCGGUACACUAGCGUAUUCUGCAAGUGUGUAGAUUGUGCGCGUAAUUUUUAACAUUCGUAAAUAAAAACCCGUUUCUACGAAGCGAGCUCUGCGUUUUAUGAAUUUAUUUUAUAAAAUUGGCAUCAUCUGUAUUAAAAACAGUGAGCUACAAAUAUUGUGCCAGUUUUGUAUAUAAUUGAUGCGUUUCGAAACAGUGACAACAAGUUUUUCUUGUGUUGUGCGUUCGGUCCUUGAGUUGGAGGCUCUAUCAUCAUCAACAGCGCUUGCUUGCCCUGCCCUUUCUUAUUUUAGGAGGCAAUUAGUAGUCAAGAUUGCAUCACACUGUUUGGAUUGGAAAAGUGGACUGAACAUUUCGAACUGAAGUUGCCACAGGCGGCCAUGAUGGCGCCCAGCGUGUUCCAAAGAACCAAGUCACCACGUUCAUCUCCAGGAAACUUGCCUAGAAAAUUACAGAAUGGCACAGAGUCUACAGCACAAUCAGAUCCUACGGCAGACUCCAGCCCCGGAAACUCGAUCUCCGACGCGGAAAACUUUGAGUGCUAUGGAGAAGGGGAUGCCGAUGCACCAGCCAACAAUGUAGAGAACGGGACCAGGAGUCCUGGCAGUAAUCUGAACCGGCAUUCCUGGACGCGAACCAGUUUGAGGCGGACCCCACCUAGCCACCAAGAGAACCUGCCGCACCGGCGAUGGGGAUCUAUGAGACACUCUGGGAAGCGACAAAUUGGCUCCAAUGUCUUAGCCAGCCAAUUAUACCGGUCUUCGUCAUUCAACUCGUCCGGCUGUGGAUCGGGAGGGGAACCGACGGACGACAUGUAUUCAGAUGUCUCGUUGGAGGAAGAUGUCCAAGGUCUUAACUACAAGGUUUUACUACUUCAGCAACAAGUGACAUCAUUGGCGGACACUCAGAGCACGGCCGAUGAACGCUAUGCCAGGGCAAAGGCCGACAAUGCUGUAUUGCAGGCCAGACUGCACAUGCUUGAUGAACAAAUACGAGAGAUUGAAUGCCGUUGCGAGGAACGCAUCGCUGAGGAGCAGAAAAGAUGUCGAGAUGCAAUUGCACGCGUAGAGCGAGAGAGAGAUAGUCAGCAGGCCGCGCUCAAUGACCGACUCGCCGCCGCAGAAACCGAAGCUUCCGAUCUUAAACAAGAGGUGGGACGGCUUCGAGGCGUAGCGGAAACGCUACGAGCAAAUGCCGAAAUAUCUGCUCGAGCGCACCGGGAAGCUCAGGAGCAAAUAGGAGAGCUCGUUGCUCAACUAAACGCAGCUCGUGAAGCUGAAAGGCGGGAACGCGAGGCUGCUACUGCCACUGCUGAGAUGUUGGCCACCACGAAAAUGGAGCUGCAAAAACUAACAGAAGCUCCACCCCCACCUCCUGAUCCUCGUUUAGAUGAGCUCAGGAAAGAACUAACAUUGCUAAGAACACAAAAUAAAUCUUUAUCUGAAGCUCAAGAAGAACUCCAGGCGCAGAUAUUAACACGCGGUGUAGAGGAAGGCCGCAGUCUUCUAGACGGCGUCAGCGGACCACUUGUCGCCACCAACUCCCUCGCACACGAACUUUCACAAAUGAGUGACGAUGAGCCCGAUGGUAGUGAUACACAAUCAGAUCUCAACAUAGAGAUGGAAAAGCUGCAAAAAGCACUAAAAGAACAACAAGACGUGAACGUACAAUUAAGAAAUUACAUCGACGGCAUUUUAUUAGCAAUUGUGGAAAACUACCCGCAACUACUAGAGGUCAAAUACCAAAAAGAAGCUGGUGCGAACAAAUCAUAACGUUUAGUUAUAAAUAUCAAAUUAUUUAACAUAAUUAUAUGUGCAUAAAAAUGUUAUAUGAAUAUUUUAAAUGUUGAAUGCUAGGAAUUCAAUAACUACUUAUAUUAAGAUAUUACGAUACAAUGUUGCUUAAUUGAAUAAUUUGAAAAUAAUGUUUGAUGUUAAAUAUGUAAUGCUGUGAUAAAAUUCAUGAAUGGAAAUAUAAAAUAUAAACAUUUUUUUUUAUAUUAAUUAAAAUAUUCUUGGUAACAUUGUCAAUUGAAAUUGUCUAUGUAUCAUAAAAUUUUAUAGAUGGGUGUAUGUGUCUAUAUCUACAUCUUCAUUUGUAAAUAUUGUAUAGUCGAAAAUAACACUAUAUUACAUAUACAUGUACAGUCGCGUAAAAUUAUUAGUUAUAGUAGUUCUUUCUUAUAUAUAACUUAAUAUGGUCCUUUUCUUUCUUAUAUAUGGUAUAUAAACUAUGAUCCUUUUGUCAUAUUCAUUUAAAAAUUACUGUAAAAUCUUUGUGAUAAAGUAUAUAAUUAUUUAACACAUUAUACAUUAUUAUUGUACGCGAUUGUACCUAUUAUAUAAGUUCCUUAAAAUAUCUCAAAGUAUAAAAUUUUUAUUUGAUUAAAGAAUGUAUAAGUAAUAUAAGCAAUUUAGAGAUCUGCGAAAAAAUGUAGUUAAUUAUAAUUUUUAAUAUCGACGAAGGCCAGGCCGUCCAUAACGAUAUUAUUUCAGUAGUAGUUAGAGCCAAUUUUAUAAAAGACUGGUAUGUAUUGAUAAUGUUAGAUGCAAAUGUAAUUCCAAUAUUAGAGCUAUGGCACCUAAUAUUAUCAUAGCCAUCUAAUUUGAAGUGUGUAUUCGUAAGCUAUGUAUUAAGAGUAGCUACACACUAUAGUACCUAAAAUUAAAUUAUAUUUGUUAAGAGAGAUUGUGUACCUAUAUUUUUUACAAUGAAACCGCUAAUAUCUUUAAGUUAGAUAGGGAUUUGUGUACAUUUUGAUAACACGAAAUAAAAAAUGUUCUUCUAAUAAUAGUCAUGAAUAUAAAUUAAAUGAAUUCUAAUUUUA